CACACACACACCCACCCCCAGACCCUCAAGCCCAGCUCUCCCGAUGGUGCAAAUACACCCAUUGAAGCUGCACAUCUGACAUUGCUCUCCCAACAGUUCAAAUACACCCAUUGAAGCUACGUUGCAUCUCUCACAUUACCCUUCUUCACACAUUACCCAUCUCUCCCCGUAGCUCCCUACUUCACACAGCUUUCAUCCUCAAAGCUGCAUCCAUCAAGAAGCAUUGAAUUCCAACACAUUUUCAAUCCUUAUUCGUAGUUAGGUUAGUUUAUUUUUCAAUCCUCAUUCCUAUUUCAAUUUGCAAUGUAGAGUUUUGUAUUAAACCAUUUUCAAAACGAACAAGUUGUUCGGAACUGGUUUUCUGAAAGUAAACAAUUUGUUCGGACGUAGAAAUCCGAAAAUAAUCAUUAAUUUCAACAGUAGAUUUCCGAAAAUUUUUCAUUGUUUCGACAGUCAACUUCCGAAUAUUUUGAAUUUGGACAACACUCAACUUCCGAAAUUAAGUUUUAGUUUCGGUUUUCAACUUCCGAACAAAAUAUGUAGUUUCGAUUUUCAACUUCCGAACAGUUUUUUCCCCCCCCCCAAUUCUUUUGUAUAUUCUUGUUUCAAUUGUAUAGUCAUUAAACAUAUUAUUUUUUGCAGAUAAUAUGGAUUCUGAAUGUCAACAACGUGUCCCACCUACUGCUUCAAAUAGACGACAUCGUGAAUUGGAUGUUAACCAUGAACGGGGACGAGGGCGUGGGCGAGGACGAGGUCAAGGUCGUGGUCGAGGUCGUGAUCCAGUUUCGGUAGAAUAUGAUAUCCCCAGCGCCAGUCAAAGUCGGAGCCGAAGCCAAAGACGAGUUCAAAGUUAUGAUAUGCCUGACAUUGCUGUGGAGGAUAACUCUUUACCCGAUUCUCCUACUGUCCAGGAAGAGGACCUUACUCAUGCUUUUCCAGGUGGACCGACUAAUCCAUCAAUACUGCGGAGUUUCAAUAGUCAUGUCGCUGCAGCUGUUUGGCACGGGGAGGAACGAGGGCCCCUAAAGUGUCAUAAUCACUCUUCGAAGAUCCUUGCAUGGCCAUGGUGGCCAGUAGACAACAACACCAGAUUCAAAGCCAUUAUUGAGCAGUCUGGGCUGUCACAGUUAGCUCGUUGCACUUAUCGGUUCAUCAACAAGCUUCUAAUCUCCAAUUUUGUUGAAAGAUGGCAACCUGAAACAAACACAUUUCACAUGGCAGUUGGUGAGAUGACCUUGACCCUAAAUGAUGUUGGCACUAUUCUUGGCCUUCCCAUUGUAGGAAAAUCAAUCAGCGUACUAGAUGUGACAGAUCAUCAUGGAGUUACACUGUUGGUUUAUGGCUUGGGGAUUACUGAACGUGUAGCACAUGAAGAGGUUUCUACUUCUGGUGGGAAUUCAGUCAGGCUUGAGUGGUUGCGAAGUCAGUUUGCUAGUGUCACAGAUUCAAACCCAGAUGAGGCUAUACAGUGCGCUGCUAGAGCUUAUUUGUUGUUUCUAUUGGGAUGUAUGCUCUUCAGUGACAAGAGUGGCGGCAGGGUUCCUGUUGUUUACCUUGGCUUAUUGAUGGAUUUGGGAUCCAUUCAUACUUAUGCCUGGGGUGUUGUUGCAUUAGCAUUUUUAUACAGACAGUUUAGGUAUGCUAGCCGGUCCGGUGUUAAGCAGAUGAGUGGUUAUACGGGAUCCUCAGCUAAUUUUAACACUUUCCAUUUAUCUUACCCUUUAUAUACUUUAAUUCAAAAACACUUUACGUUUAUAGGUUAUUUGGGAUCCAUACCACAAUUGCAAAGACCGGCAUCUAUGUAGCCCGGUUACGUUCUACCAUGGAUGCUUAAAGUGCUUAGACGUGGUCGAACCCUAUCAUCCAGAUAGAGUUCUGAGACAGUUUGGCAGGGUUCAAACCAUCCCAGAUGCACUGCUAGCUCCCAGUCAUGGUGCUCGAGGCAACAUAUCUGCACGAUAUACAGUCAUGUAUAGAUACUUAGAUAGGAUCUGGGAGGCUUGGGAUAACCACGUGUUAUCUAAACAGUGGAGGAGCACACCAGUUUGUCAACCUUGGGAAUGUGUACCGGGUUACGUGGAUUGGUAUAAGAAUAUCACACACCUAUAUGUUGAGCACACUGAUGAACCACGUGUCCAUGACCAUCAGGAUUUCAGCCAACAUGCUGAUGUAAUAUAUUAUCCUCUUUUAUGCAUUUGUAACUUACUUUUUAUUUUCUGAUAUGUUCUCUAAAAUGUGAUAUUCUUUUCAAAUGCAGCGUAUUACACAUGCACUGCAGAUUUCACAUCCUAUUAUUGAGGCUAGUUAUGAGGAGGGGAUUCGACAUCCUAUCGACUUUAUCAGGCUAUCGAGACUAUGAUGCAUGUCCUUGAAGGUCAACACAUUGACGAAGCUGGACCUAGUUAUACUGGAGGUCGCUUUUCAUCUCCGACAUUGACAUACAGUCGUAGGCCUAGGCGUAGGCAUACAGCUGAUUCGUGACAUGUUAUUUGUUAGUUGAUGAAUUUUUGUGGUGUUUUUUGUAAGAUGAUAUUGUUGUAAUGGUAACAGUGGUUAAUAUUUCCAACUUCACGUACCUAGUUGAGCAAUUCAU